CUUUUCAUUUCCUCAGUGACUAAUACAAAAGUAAAUUUGUGUUAAAUAUUUCCUCAAUAUUUAACUGUGAUUGCAGGAUGACAUUGAACGUGAUAACAUGUAUGAUGCUGGUGAUUGGAAUAGACUGCUUCAAUAUAGAUACAAACAAUGUAGUCAAUAUUCUCGGGCCAGAAGGGACACAUUUUGGAUACUCUGCUGUAAUGUUUAGCAACGAGGAUAGUCAGAAAUGGGUUGUGGUUGGAGCUAUAAAGGCAAACUUUACAAACGACGUCAAAAAUAUAACGACACCAGGCAACAUAUUUAAGUGUAAACUUAACUUCACUCAAUCCACACAAGAUACGUGUGAACCAAUGGACAUCAAAACUAAUGAUAAUAUAAAAUGGCCAGAACUCCCUGGGAACGAGGAAGAUGACGAAUUACUUGGGGCUUCAAUGGCUAUUUUUGAUGACACCAUAAUUACUUGUGCUCCUCUCUGGAAGAAUAUGAUACCUCUGAAAAAUUCCAAGUUUGUCCAUCCUAUUGGAAGGUGCUUCAACAUAGAUAGAAAUUUGCAGUCGUAUACAACGAAACAGUUUAAAAACAACUUCUUCAAAAACCAAAAAAAAUAUCCACAACAAUUAGAUUACAUAUUUGCUCAGAUAGGACUUUCAAUAUCUAACAAAAAGUAUGAAGAUAAUUCAAUGUUAGACAUACUAAUAGGAGCUCCAGGUUUCUUUGCAAAUAAAGGUGGCUUUUUAAAGUAUACUGGUAAAACGACGGAUAACUUUUUUGAUAGCUUCACUCAAUUUGAAUUUGCUGAAAAAACAGUACAGGACGGUCUAAAGCAUGGCAGCUUAAUGGGUUACUCUGUCAGCACAGGCAAUCUUUCAGAUUCGGAUGGAAAUUGUACACAAGCUAUUGUAUUAGGAGCCCCACACACUAUAUUGGACAGUGGAAUAGUAGGGGCAGUUUUUGUUUUUUGUUUAAAACUUACUGACAAGAAGUUAUAUUUGAGGAAACAGUUUACUGGUCGAAAGUCUGGAAGUGGAUUUGGGAGUUCUAUUGUCUUUGACGAUAUAAAUGGUGAUGGAAUAGAUGAUUUACUUAUCGGAGCACCUCUCCAAUAUACCAAUGACGUAAUAGAUUCAGGUGUUGUCUACAUAUACAAUGGGGAUACAGAUUCAAAUGUACUUCUCAAAGUGAGUGGACAAGAUUUGCACGGAAUGACAAAAUGGGGACGAUUUGGUACAGCACUACAGUGUAUAGGAGACGUAAAUAAAGAUGGAUAUAAGGAUGUAGCCGUUGGUGCACCGUAUGAGGAUAGUAAUAAAGGGGCUGUAUAUAUCUACCACGGUGGUUUUACUGAACUAACAUUCACACAGAAAAUUAAAGCUGUAGAUAUAAGCAGUAACUUACAGUCGUUUGGUUGGUACAUUUCUACUGCAUAUGACAUCGACAAUAACAAUUAUCAAGAUUUCUUAGUGGGAUCUUACAUGUCAAAUACUGUAACCGUAUUACGAGGCAGACCUAUUAUAAAGCUUAACAAUACUAUUGAAAUUUCCCCAUCUGAUAUACCUCUGAACUCCUCUGAACUGAAAUGUCAAGAUGAAUUAUACAGGCCAUGUGUGACAGUUAGACUGUGCUUUUCCUACUCUGGUGUUUCAGUUCCGGAUUCAAUUUUGGUUGAUUAUAAUCUAAGCUCGGAUGUUCUGAGAACUAUGUCAUCACCAAGUAAACCGUCUCGGGUUCAUCUUUCAUCAGACACAGAAGAAUUUGGAAGUGGUUACUUAGAAAGAAAAAGAUUUCAAGUUAAACAUUUGUCAGAAUCAUGUAUGGAGUACUACGCUAUUGUGAUGGCAGUGGACAGACAGUUUUUUGCUUCGCUGGAAGAAGAAUUAGUUAUGGAAACAACGUACAGACUUAGUGAUACUCCACUACUGGGAGAAGUUCAACCUGUACUGGACAAUUCUCUUACAAUCAACAGAGACUCAGCUAACUUUUCAACAGGUUGUAAUGGGACAUGUCAUCCUGACCUAAGGAUUGAAGCCACAUUGAAUCCACACGAAAUUGUAUUAGGAGUAACUUCUGAAGUAAUUGUUACCAUUAAAGUGACAAACAAAGGGGACCAGUCACAUGGAACACAGAUAACUAUUGAGAUAUCUAACAAUACCAGAUAUAUUGGAUUUAGUCAGCCGACAGAUGAAGUUACAGAGCCUGUAGACUGUAGAAAUAUUGUUGACGAAAACAAUGAGACACACGUUCAGUGUGAUCUGAGAAAUACAUUAUUUCAGCAACAAAUCGUCAUCUUCAAUGCCCGCUUCACAGUGUCACGUGACUUAUUGAUUAAAGAUGGCGACAAUCUUGGUAAUUUUGAUCAGCAGCUAAUCUUUAGCACAUUUGUAGAGGCCACCAGUACCGAUAUGGAUAUAUCGGAUAAUUCAUGGAAAUUAAUUGCUAGUGUGAAAUUGCAUGUCAGUGUACAAUUAAAUGGAAUAUCGAGACCAGAUCAGUUAACCAUCAUAGAGAACGAUAUAGUUAAUUUCGUUCAUACCUACGAUAUAAAGAAUGCUGGCCCUAGCCCACUGUAUAAUGGAUCAAUAGAAAUCUGUCUACCUGUCAUAUCAGAUAUAGGAAUUAGUAUGAUGACAAAAGAAAUGAUACAGAUAUCAGGACACAGUUCGAGGAUUACAUGGAGCGUGGUUGAAUUUACAGGCGAAUCAUUUAAGGAACAUGUUGAUACUGAUUUAACGACAUCUGAACCCUUUACAAAUCAAGGUUCAACUAUACCGUCUACGUCUAGUAAUACAACAAUUCAAGGUUCAACUAUACCGUCUACGUCUAGUAAUACAACAAAUCAAUCAACACAAAGUCGAAGACGGAGAGAGACGAAUCAGAUGCUCAGCCAAGAACAACAAUCAAAACGAACAAUUAAGGAAAUUUCGUGUAGCACAGUUGAUUCGAGUAAAUGGGCGAUCAUUGAAAUAAAGGUUGACAUCUUAGAGAAAGACGAAACAGAUAAGUUUGAUGUUCUAGUGAAUAUAUCAGAGGAUUCACUUAGUUUUACAAAGGUGACUGGUAUAAUUUAUAAAAGUAUAGCAACACUAAAGAGUGAAAACAGUAACAGACAACUCAUCGUCGCCACCAAUUCUUCGAGCAUAGAAGUUUCAAGUGAAAUAUUUCCUACAGAUAUUGCAGUACAGUCAGAACAAAUUAAUCUAUGGAUUAUAAUUGGAAGCAGUGUUGGUGGAUUAGUACUUCUUGUUUUACUGGGUGUAGGUCUAUGGAAGUGUGGCUUUUUCAAACGGCAAAAGAAAGAAGAAGUUAAAGAAUGGAAACGUAAAAGUAAUUAUUAUGAAAAAAGAAAAACUGCGAGAAUUUCAAAAGCUAACUUUAGGGCGUCACAAGCAGCAGCUUUAAAAAGCAAGAAAAUAUCAAUUAUUACUGAAUGAUAUAACUGACUUAUUAUAAUAAUGACAUUGACUAUACGCCUCACGCUGGUGUAAAUUAUACUCUGUUGUUAUUAUAAUAAUGACAUUGACUAUACGCUGAUGUAAAUUAUACUAUGUUAUCAUUACAAUAUUGACACUGACUAUACGCUGAUGUAAAUAAUAAUAUGUUAUCAGUACAAUUAUGACACUGACUAUACACUGAUUUAAAUUAUAAUAUGUUAUCAUUACAAUUAUGACAAUGACUAUACGCUUAUGUAAAUUAUACUAUGUUAUCAUUAUAAUAAUGACACUGACUAUACGCAUAUGUAAAUUAUGCUAUGUUAUCAUUACAAUAAUCACACUGACUAUACGCGUAUGUAAAUUAUACUAUGUUGUUAUUAUAACAAUGACAGUGACUAUAAGUUGAUGGAAAUUACAACAUUUUAUCAUUACUAUGAUAAAUAAAGGCAACAGUAGUAUACAGCUGUUCUUAGUUCAUAAAUUGAUAAAACAAAUCCGGGUUAUAAACUAAAACUGAAAGAAACACAAAUAUAAAAGAAGAGCUACGAUACAACAGAACCAACACUAAAAAGCAAAAUCACAAACAUAUUGGAUACCGAGGAAAAUUCAAAAACGGAAAGUCCCUAAUCAAACGGCAAAAUUAAAUGAUAAAACACAUCAAAUGAAUUGGCAAUGAAUGGUAUAGGCAUUUUCAAAUGUAUAAAAAGGUGGAUUGAACAUGGUUUUAUAGCGCUAAUCCUCUCACUUAUAUGACAGUCGUAUCAACUUCCCUACAACGAAGCGUGAACAAAACAGACAUAACAGGUAAAAUAGUCAAAAUAUGGGUACAGCAGUCAUCACCGUAUUACAAUUUCAAACGAACACGUAUUCAACAGAAAAGCACAAAAAGCAUCUAUAAAAUUAAAAAAAACCAACACAUUUAUUGCUUGGUGUGUUUAAAAAUUUAUAUAAACGUAUACAAUUAUAAUCCUGGUACUUUUGAAUAACUAUUAGAAGUCAGAAAAUGAAAAUGUCACAUAGGAAGAAAUUUUGUCGUUCAAAAUAUAUACAAAAAAAAUAUACUUUCACAUAAUGACAUUGACUAUACGCCAAGGUAAAUUAUACUAUGUUAUCAUUACAAUAAUGACACUGACUAUACGCUGAUAUAAAUUAUAUAUGUUAUCAUUACAAUGUCACUGAAUAUACGCUGGUGUAAUUUAUAUAUGUUAUCAUUAAAAUGACACUGUCUAUA